GGCGCGCGAUUUUGUUUUUCUUUUCGCAACGAAAAAUCGAAUCGAUUGCUCCUUGGCUUUUUUUUUUUUUUUGUGUGUGAUUCUCGUCUGCUGCAUCCGCAACAAAACAAAAUUCGAUCGACUGCGGCUUGUUGCAGGAAACGCGAUUUGGCUCUUGCUGCGUCAAAACGAUUUGAAUGAAUGAUAACCGUGCGCACACGGAAUGCGCGACAGAGUACUACUGUAGCGACAGUGCAGUUGGCUAUACACUGCGCGACCUCCACCCGUAUGCGUGACGUCUCUCAAACACAACUGCGUGACACGUUUCAACCCCCUGCUAACGGCUGUGCGAUACGUGGCGGAUGCUAAUCCAUCGAAGUGAGGUCUUAAGCGGAAGCGUGCACGUGGCGGGCAGGCGGGGGAAGUCGCGAAGCGGUUGACAGGCGGAGUCAGUUGAUUGGAUUGAUUGGUUGAUUGAUGUGAUUGUUUGAAUUGAUUUGAUUGAUUGAAUUGAUUUGAUUGAAUUGAUUUGAUUGAUUGUUUGAUUGAUUGAUUGGUUGAUUGGUUGAGAGGGCGGUUGGUUGAUUGGGUGUCUGUAAUAAGAUAGAAAACACGUGGAGAAAGGUGGAGCAUAUGGCUCUUCGAUUGCCUGGAAGUAUCGCGGAAGUAUCCGCGCAGUCUCUGGGAGGUGGAGGGUUGAUUCAGCAGAGAGUACGGGAGCAGGCCAGUGCCUUGUCCUCCUCGACUCCUCCUUCCUCGCCCUCCUCUGCUUUCUGCCGAUCCCCCUCCUCCUCCUCCUGCUCCCCGUCCUCCUCAUCAUCUGCCUCUCUCUUCAAUCACGCAUCAGGAGCGCUCCAUUCACCACACAGGCCUCGAAGUCAGCUCCAGCCAUCGUCGACCAAGGUUUGCGACUCAUGUACCGUGGGGCCCACCUCUUCGAUGUGCGAAGCAUCGGGAAAGCUAUUUGGCGGCGAUGGACAUAUCCAUCACUCAUCCAUGUCCACCUUCGUCCUGCCAAAGCGCCGGUUCCUUGCAUGGCCCAACCCCCCCUCCAUCUGUCAACAAGAAGGUGCCGUCGGUCUUCUUCGAUCCCCUACCCUUAGGCCUGCUGGUCAUGAGAGGGUUCGGUUGAUUCGCUUGUCUUCCACCCCGGUCGGGGUCUUGGGACUGGGACUUGCGCAAGGAGGCGGUGGUUGCGGCCUACAACGGCAUGUUCUAUCCUCCCCAAGGAGCAAGCCGCCAUAUCCCUGUAGCCAGGGCCGCUAUGGUGGCACGUGCUAUGGCGGCAGAGAUGGCGGCGGAGAUGGUGGCAGCGAUACGCCAACACCAAGUGAGGUAGGCAUGAAAUCGAAUUCUGCUCUGGCAUCUGCAGGGAAGAGAAACCUUCUGAUGACGUCAACAGAUAACGAACAGGAAAAAGAUAACAAGCAGGAAGAGGAAGAGAGAUGGAGCCGUGGCCCACAAGAGGGUGACAAGAUUGGCGAAGACACAGAAGAGCUGAGAAUGCCGGGGAUUCAUCGAAGAGGCUUGGAUGUCAGUAGUAGUGCUACAGCAGAAGGGUUGAGAAGUGAGCAGCUAUGGUUGAACGAUGGAGACGGCGAAGAAGAGGAAGAUGACGAGGAAAAUGAUGUGGAUGAUGAGGAGGAUGCAUGGGAUGACGAUGACAUCGUGGCUGAAGAGGUGGUCGAGGAAGAAGAGGUAGUGGAUGUGCAGGAUGAAGAAGACGAGGAGGAAGAAGAAAUUGAAGAAGAAGAGGAAGGAGGUAUGGCUGAUGAGUAUGUUGAGAUAGGUGUUGUUAUAGGUACCCAUGGGUUGAAGGGAGAGAUGAAAGUGCGAUCGCUGACGGAUUUUCCGAAAGAGCGGUUUGAGAGGAGGGGUAGGAGGUGGCUCCAGCGGCCAUCCAUGAGCAGAGAGCCUCCGGUCGCAGUGACACUCGUGCGGGGGCGUGCACUUCAAGGCAAACUUCCGGCGUACCUUGUCACCCUGAAGGGGGUCGGGAGCGUGGAGGAGGCCUCGCGUCUGGUAGGAAGCAAGGUCCUUGUGCGGGCGGACCAACGGCCGAAGCUAGAAGAAGAAGAGUUCUACACCCCGGAUCUUGUAGGCAUGGAUAUCGUCCUUCAGUCUUCGAGGGAGAAGAUUGGUGAAGUGGUGGACGUGUUCAAGGGUCCUGCGAGUGAGCUGCUUCGCGUGCGGCGGACGGCGAUGACCACUGCAGCAGCGCUUUCGCCGAAUGGAGAUGCGGGCAAAGUGGGGCCCGCCACUGAGUUCUCUGCAAGCACUGAGGUCGAUGCGGAGAGCCAGGGGGAAGAGGCCCAGCAGGCGGAGGAUGGCCGUCUCAUAUGGAUUCCCUUUGUGAAGGAGAUCGUGCCGGUCGUGGACAUGUCAAAUCGAGUAAUGGAGAUAGACCCCCCAGAAGGGUUACUGGACUUAAAUUUAAGGCCAGCGGGGUCGAAAAAGGAGCGGACUGAGAAGAAAAAGCGCGAGUAUAAGGAGAAGAGGCAGAGUCGCCAGAAACGGGCUGCCUUGAGAAAGGUUUUUGCUGCUGCUGGCCAAGAGCACGUGCUACAGGGUCUGUUUGAAGGAACAGAAGAGCAGAGGGAUGCUCUCGUACGCGACCUGAUGACGGUCGAUCUGCGUGCUCUGAAGAAGGCUGUUGCAGAAUCCCUUGCGACCAGAGAUGCGCUGAACAGACUCGAAGGAGGAAAGAUCCCUGUGGCGAAUGCUACCGGCGAAUCUGCAGUCGAGCAGCUGUGCACCCAUGGCCUCGAGCCGCCUACGGCAUACGUGAAAGCGGAUUGGAGUCGGGUGGGUGAAUGGCUACACAAGCUGAAGCACCAAUCCGAUGGCGAAGAACUCUCUGGCGAACACAGUAAAGACGACAAUGAACGGUGGUGGUUUUCGGGCCUUCGGCUGAUUGCUGAGGGCCGGGCUGCUGUGAUGGUUCUUGCCGGUGGACAAGGUACCAGACUGGGACCAGGUGGGCCAUUGUCGAAGGGCAUGCUUGACAUCGGGCUCCCGAAUGUCAGGUCCCUGUUUGAGUUGCAGGCGCAGAGGAUCAGGAAGAUGCAGGAUCUUGCUGUGCAACUGUCCCGCAAGUCCUCCGAUAGAACGGACGGCUGUGCUGACGAGUGCGCGGAGAUUCCUUGGGUGGUUAUGACGAGCAGUGCAACUGACAAGUGCACCCGUACCUUCUUUGAAGACCACAAUUUCUUUGGCCUUGCUCCGUCCCAAGUCCUGUUCAUGAAGCAAGGCAGCCUGUCUUGCGUCGAGGUUAGCGCCGAUGGCUCGCACAGGAUUCUGAUGGAAACACCCUGGAAGAUAGCACGCUCGCCGGAUGGAAACGGGAGUCUUUUCGAUGCGCUUCACACUGAAGGGGUGCUGGAGGAACUAGACAAGAGAGGGGUGGAAUAUUUGCAGGUCUUAUCUGUCGACAACGCGUUGGCCAGAGUUGCUGAUCCUAUCUUUUUUGGAUUUUGCCAUGAGAAGGGGGCAGAGGUGGGAGUGAAAGUAGUUGCGAGAGCGUCUCCUGACGAGGCGGUGGGAGUCGUCUGCAUUCGGCAUGAAGCGCCGAGCGUGGACAAUAGCAGUAAUGGAGAACAACCCGAGCCGUCCGCACGAACUCGUGCCGUCCGCACCGCCGAGAGAACGGAGGAAGAAAUAGAGGGAGGGAAUUCCGAGUCCCAAAGACGCAAUGAAGGAGAGGAGACCGGGCCCAAUGGGGUUGAUGCCAAACGUCAGGAAACUGCAGCAUGGGAUGGAGGAAAGGAAGGCGCGGACUGGCAGCGUUCCUACUACGGUGUUGCAGAGUACAGCGAGCUUCCAGAUGAUCUGAGAAGGGCCACCCGCUCGGCCUUUUGGUCAUCGAAGCGUAGUACCACCGCUAGCAGUGAAGAGGAAAAGAGAGUGGCAGUGGACACCGGUGGCGGUGGCGAUUCCUCCGCAGAGCUCGCGUUUCAGGCAGCGCACAUCUGCAUCAAUAUGUUCUCCAUGUCUUUCCUGCGCACAGUCGGCGGAAAGGGAGCGUCGCUUCCGUAUCACGCCGCGUUCAAGCGGAUACCCCAUGUCAGGAAGUUGGAAAAGGGGGAAACGCCAGAAGACGGCGGGGGAGAGGGAAGAAGAGAAUGUGAGAUGGCUCCUGGUUGGGUGUCGAUUUCGCCGUCGAUUCCCAACGCUUUGAAGAUGGAGAGGUUCAUCUUCGAUGCAUUCAAGUUUGCACCUCUAGAUAAGGUUGUCUUGCUUGAGGUGGACAGAGCGGAAGAGUUUGCGCCGAUCAAGAAUGCUGUGGGGCCGAACGCGAAGGAUUCUCCGGAGACGGCCAGGAUGCUACUCAUGUCUGCGGCAGCACGGAACGAAGGGAACGGGUGGGAUUUAUGUUAACGCACGUUGCAGGUAUCUUUCCUAUUCGGGAAACGACUGGCCAUUCCUUGCUGCGGUGGUGAGCUGUACGGUCCGAACCGAAGAUGGAGGCUAGGGAGGAUCGUGAGGGCGCAGCAGUCGUCGUCGUCUGGAGAUAACGUGGGAGGAGAGAAGCGGGAAGAUGAGGGGAGAAUCGCCCCUCUUCAGCCCCAGUCGCCGGAAGGACAGUUCUUGGCACAGCUGUUAAAAAGCCACCCACACCUGUUUGCCACCGCGGUGGAUCAGCAAUUGGAGCGUCUCGCAGCGGACAGGGACGCAAAUGCAAGCCCAUCUUCCGAGCAGCAGGGCAAGAAGGGUUCCGAUGCCUCACCGUCCGAUCUCAUCCUGUACAGGCGGAUUGCAGACCUCAAGGAGACAGAAAGGAAGACGGCGAUCGAGGAGGUUAUCUAUUGUUCGAUUGUCCAGAAGUUCAUUGAAUCUGGCGUGGAACUGCUUCCCGAGUUGCCGGUCGUCAAGAUUAGGCUAGGCGGGAAGGACGUGAGCGCGGAGGAGGCGGCCGGUUUGAUGGGUCUGCCUGUGCAAGGGAUGGUGGCGGCCACCAUGAGUAGCGCGGUAGAUCUCAGUCCGAAGAAGGAGACGCUCCUUGAGAGCAUACACUCGUCGGAGGCUCUGGAAAUGGUACGAGAGCAUGUGGGUAUGGUUCUCGGCGCCCGUUCCGCUCCCCAGAUUCUCGACCCGAACACGAUCGUCCAGAUCAGUAAGUUGAGAGUAGGUCAAGUGUAUGCGGCCUCGAUUAUGUACGGGUACUUCCUGAAAAGGGUCGAUCAGAGGUUCCAGCUGGAGAAGAACAUGCGGGCGUUGUUAUCGUCGCCGUUUCCGUCUGCUGCGGGUGCAACAUCGGGAGGUGAGGUGGUCGACUCGUCAAGUUCAGCCCAAAAUGAGGGGGGAAAUGCAGGCGACGGCAGCAGCAGCAGCAGCAGCAGUGUUGAUGCCGAGGAGACGUCGAGCAAGCCGGAGGAUGUUUCGGUCAGCAAGUUGGGUCAGUCGCUUGCCGCCGAGGCGUCAGCAGCUGCCGCGAACAUGUCUAUGGGCUAUAGAUUCGGCGCGCCGAAGGGUGGCAGUGGGGAGGGGGCAAGCGGCGGGAAGCCAAACGCUCUGCGGGCGUACGUCAUGUCGUUCGACGUGGAGACUCUGCAGCGCAACGCGACAAUGAAGUCCCGUGAAGCAGUUAGUGUCAUAGAGAAGCACACAGAGGCUCUCUUUGGCCGGCCGGACAUUUCUGUCGUCGAUGAUGGCUCGUUCGUCGUCGUCAAAGACGACAACGUCCGAAUGAACGUUGCUGGCUUACGGCGUCUGGUGUUCGAGGCGGUGGCAUUCGGAAGCAUUCUGUGGGACGUGGAGGGCUACGUCGACUCGCAGUACAGAUUAGUGUAGUGUAAUAAUAAUAAAUAAUAAUAAAUCGUAUUAAAAAUUAAAAUGUGAAUUCUGCGCCGGAACUUUCUCGUCGUUUUUGCGCUCCUGUACCAUAUUGCAUACUGUGGAUAUAAAAAUAAAAAAAGAAAAAGAAACAGAAAAUAAAAAAGAACCAGAACCCGUCCAUGACCAGAUUCAGUGACGUUGCUGCGACUCUCAUUGCAGUCAAAUCGUAGUCGUCCCUGACCGCUCUUCCACCCCCAAGCAUAGUCUCGAUGCCUUUUCUGUUUCAGACCAAUCAGAGUCUCUCCGUUUCCGUUUCCCUUUCACUGUAGUCGUACAGCCUCACUCCACUGCACAGCAUUUCAAACGUAUCUGGACCUCGUGGUUGUCCCUAUUCGUUCUAAAUGUUGGCUCAGUUCAAAUGUAUUUGGUGCAAUGCGCAGUCCAAAUACAUGUAGAAUGUUGAGUAGAGGGGCGAGGCCCAUAGUUUCUCCCUUUCCCCUUCACACCAAAAAUUUGUUUAUGUCCAUUUCUGUUUUCCACCGAUCAGAGUUUGUCCUCUCUCUUCUGUUUCUUCACAACAGAGGCCAUCAACAGGCACAGUUUUCUUUCGCCGCCGUGCCCCCCCCCCCCCCCCCCCCCCCCCCCCCCACCUCCCCACCCCCCACCCCGACAAACACAACAGGCACAGUUUUUCCAUCUUGCUUUCCCCGUUCACACAUCAGAGCUUUUGCCUUUUGCCUUUGAUACCAAACCAGAGUUGGCCCCUUCCUUGCACACCUGCUUGAUGCACCAAUCAUGGUUUCCAUCUCGCUUUCCGCGUGCGCCAAUCAUAGUUUGCUUGUCCCUCUUCCUUCGACACCUGCUUGAUGCUAUAACCAACGAGAAUCGCGAACGCCUUUCGGAAUUCACAGCCUUUCUCAAGUGGUGUCCUUUUGCAAGCAUUUGGACUUGGCAAGCACGAACCUGGCCGCUAUUACAGCCAGGUUCAUGCUUUCUGCCGAUUGGCAGCCUUUUGCAAUCAGUAGCCUUUUGCAAGGGUUUGAGGUCGAGAGGGAGGUAGAGAGGGAAGGAGGGAGGGAGGGAGGGAGAGGGAGAGAGGGAGAGAAGCAAAGAGGUGUGUAGGCAGGUAGGCAGAGUUCCGUAGAUGGCAUGAUACACAUGGAUGCACACUCUGGUGUGGCAACAGAAGGGAUUGAGAAAAAGAGGGGAUAUAUGGGGCUUGUAGCCUUGUACGGGUCUGAAGGGUUUUUCUUCUUCUUCCUCCAGUCUUUUUUUUGGGGGGGGAAUUAUCGAAAUGCCCCUCCGACUGCCAUUUGUUAUUUUGCGGUAUGCCCCUCCUAUGGCCGACUUACCCUGUCGUGCUGCUGGGUCCGCCGAAGUUUCCUGCAGGCCCCUGUCAGUGAGGGGUUUAACUUUCCAGCAUGCCCCUGUGGCUGUUGGUGGCACUGGCGGCCGUUCCCCUGGCCCUGGGAGGGGAGCUUCCGGGGGAUACUGGAAAUUUGGAACCGGUACCGGUAGGGGCAUAUUGAACCUAUUUCAGGCCCGAGACGGCGCGAGGGUUUUUUUCGCAAACUUCAAUCUUUGUCAAGGGGCAGGACAGGGUAAGUCGGCAGUCAGAGGGGCAUUUCGAAAAUUUCCCCUUUUUUGUUGUUCUUUUCUCUUUGGAGGCAUUUGGGGCAGUACAGGCAGGUAGAGAGUUGGUGACAUUUUUUUUUUGAGGGGGGGGAGGGCACAGUUAAGGGGGUUAGAGUAGCAUAGAAUCGAUGUUAAGGGCAGGUAGAGACAUCAGGGUGCGACCACGAUGGCGGGGUGAAGGGGCUUUGUGUAGCCGGGUCGUAGUUUGGAGGGGGGGGGUCUGUUUUUCCUCUUCUUUCUUCCUUUCUGUUAGGAGACGUUUGGUGCAGUUCUACUUUGCCUAGAAUGUGUGAAUAUAAUAUAGGCUUUUUUGUUUUCACGUCGACAAAUUGAAAUUUGUGAAAGUGAAAAUUUGAUAGGCCAAGCCAGA